CCGCUGCUGGGUCGGAAGCCGCCCAGUCCGACUCAUCACGUCCAAGGUAUGGCGUCCCCACGGGAAUUGACCCAGAACCCCUUGAAGAAGAUCUGGAUGCCGUACAGCAAUGGGCGGCCCGCUCUGCACGCCUGCCAGCGCCGUGUUUGCAUGACCAACUGCCCAACGCUCAUUGUCAUGGUCGGCCUGCCCGCCCGGGGCAAGACCUACAUCUCUAAGAAGCUGACUCGCUACCUGAACUGGAUUGGUGUGCCCACCCGAGAAUUCAACGUUGGCCAGUAUCGCCGGGACAUGGUUAAGACGUACAAGUCUUUUGAGUUUUUCCUUCCAGACAACGAAGAGGGCCUGAAGAUCAGGAAGCAGUGUGCGCUGGCAGCCCUCCGUGACGUCCGGCGGUUCCUCAGUGAGGAGGGAGGCCAUGUGGCGGUUUUUGAUGCAACGAAUACCACCCGAGAACGGAGAGCGACCAUCUUUAAUUUUGGGGAGCAGAAUGGCUACAAGACCUUUUUUGUGGAGUCCAUCUGCGUGGACCCCGAGGUCAUAGCUGCUAACAUCGUGCAAGUGAAACUAGGCAGCCCUGACUACGUGAACCACGAUAGUGACGAGGCCACGGAAGAUUUCAUGCGGCGCAUUGAGUGCUAUGAGAACUCGUACGAGUCCCUGGAUGAGGACCUGGACAGGGAUCUGUCCUACAUCAAGAUCAUGGACGUGGGGCAGAGCUACGUGGUGAACCGCGUGGCCGACCACAUCCAGAGCCGCAUCGUGUACUACCUCAUGAACAUCCAUGUGACACCCCGCUCCAUCUACCUCUGCCGACACGGGGAAAGCGAGCUCAACCUCAAGGGCCGGAUUGGCGGGGACCCGGGCCUGUCCCCCCGGGGCAGGGAGUUCGCCAGAAGUCUGGCCCAGUUCAUCCGUGAUCAGAACAUAAAGGACCUAAAGGUCUGGACGAGCCAGAUGAAGAGGACCAUCCAGACAGCCGAGGCCCUGGGUGUGCCGUACGAGCAGUGGAAGGUCCUCAACGAGAUCGACGCGGGUGUCUGUGAGGAGAUGACCUAUGAAGAAAUUCAAGAUCAUUAUCCACUGGAAUUUGCCCUGCGGGACCAGGACAAGUACCGGUACCGGUACCCCAAGGGGGAGUCCUACGAGGACCUGGUCCAGCGCCUCGAGCCUGUCAUCAUGGAGCUGGAGAGGCAAGAGAAUGUGCUGGUCAUCUGUCACCAGGCCGUGAUGCGCUGUCUCCUGGCCUACUUCCUUGAUAAGGCGGCAGAGCAGCUGCCCUACCUCAAGUGUCCACUGCACACCGUCCUGAAGCUGACCCCUGUGGCGUAUGGUUGUAAAGUGGAGUCCAUAUUCCUGAAUGUGAUGGCUGUGAACACGCACCGGGACAGGCCUCAGAAUGUAGACAUCUCGAGGCCCCCGGAGGAAGCCCUCGUCACGGUCCCUGCGCACCAGUGACUGUGUCUCCUCCACCGCCACCCCCAGGCAGAUACUGAGCUCUGCCGGUGCGGUCAUAACAGGCCCCCUGGCCCGUGUGACAGUUUCUCUGCUGGAAUAUCCCAGAGGCCAUGCACUGGCCCCCCUGCUUCCUCACUGA